AUGGCUUCCGAGCACAAAGGUAUUAUGACAGCAUCACACUCUAGUCAUAAAAAUCAUGUUAAAUUUGGAAAAGAUGUGAAGACAGAGGAAGAGGAUCAUCCACGAUCUGUGUCACCACCGCCAAGACCUGAUGAGAUCGCCGCUCCACCUCCAGCGGAACCAUGCAAAAUCAAGGAUGAGAUCGAGUUACUACGAGCUGGACUAGUGAACAAACACGGUGAUCACCUAAAACACGAACACUCACUGGAAAAAUAG